GUUCGGCCAUUUCCGUCCGCGCUUCAUCCGCCAUUUUGUUGUCUGGCGUGGUUUUGGUUGUACUGCUGUAGAACACAUCGGAGCGCUUGGUAAUCCGGCAAUGGACGGCGUUGUCAGUGAUGUUGCAGUUGGUGUAAAGAGAGGAUCUGAUGAACUCCUAUCUAGCAGUUUAUACAACAGUCCCAACUCUAAUAUGAGUGGAAUGGUGGUAACUGCUAAUGGAAAUGAUAGUAAGAAGUUACGAGUAGAAGAUAGGAUGGACUGUCCACCAUCACGUGUUCUUCACAUCAGAAAGCUGCCUAAUGAAGUAUCGGAAACAGAAGUAAUUGCUUUAGGUUUACCAUUUGGCAAAGUUACAAAUAUUCUGAUGCUGAAAGGAAAAAAUCAGGCCUUUUUAGAGCUUGGAACAGAAGAAGCUGCUAUCACCAUGGUUAAUUAUUACACAGCUGUAACACCUCAUGUUCGUAAUGUGCCUGUUUUCAUACAGUAUUCAAAUCAUAAAGAACUGAAGACAGACAGUGCUCUCAACCAGCGAGCUCAAGCAGUGCUGCAAGCGGUGUCAGCUGUUCAAGCAGCAAGCACCCCUAUAUCAGGAGCAACCGUGAGUGAAUGUGCAAUAACACCUGCCCAGAGCCCUGUUCUGAGAAUAAUUAUUGACAACAUGUUCUACCCUGUUACAUUAGAUGUCCUUCAACAGAUAUUUUCAAAGUUUGGAACUGUCCUAAAGAUUAUUACUUUCACAAAGAACAAUCAAUUUCAAGCUUUACUCCAGUUUAGUGACCCAAUGAAUGCUCAACAAGCCAAACUGGCAUUGGAUGGACAGAAUAUUUAUAAUGCUUGCUGCACAUUACGCAUUGACUUUUCAAAACUUGUGAAUUUAAAUGUGAAAUACAACAAUGAGAAAAGCCGUGAUUAUACACGGCCAGAGCUUCCUGCAGGAGAUGGGCAGCCAGCUAUAGAUCCAUCUGUAGCUGCAGCAUUUAAUAAGGAUUCGUCUCUUCUUGGUAAGAAUCAAGGUACUCCAUCUGGAAUUGUACCUUCUUACUCUAGCGGUGGUGGAUUUCCAUCUUCCCUUGGCUUUGCUCAAACUGCAGCUGUUCCAGGAGCCCUUAGUCCUUUGAGUGCAGCUGCAGCUGCAGCUGCUGCAGCAGGUCGAGUGGCCCUUUCUGGAGUGUCUGCAUCAAACAGCAGUGUUCUUUUAGUUAGCAACCUUAAUGAAGAGAUGGUUACGCCCCAAAGUCUGUUUACCCUCUUCGGUGUUUAUGGUGAUGCUCAGCGUGUGAAGAUUCUCUAUAAUAAAAAAGACAGUGCUCUGAUUCAGAUGGCAGAUGGAAAUCAGGCUCAGCUUGCCAUGAGCCAUCUUAAUGGUCAAAAAAUGUAUGGAAAAAUAAUUCGUGUUACCUUAUCAAAGCAUCAGACAGUACAGUUGCCAAGAGAAGGGCUUGAUGAUCAAGGCUUAACAAAGGAUUUUACAAACUCUCCAUUACAUCGAUUUAAAAAGCCUGGCUCAAAGAAUUUUCAAAACAUAUUCCCUCCUUCUGCAACUCUUCACCUCUCCAAUAUACCACAAAAUAUUACAGAAGAAGAUCUACGUACACUGUUUUCAAACUCCGGUGGUACUGUGAAAGCCUUCAAGUUUUUCCAAGAUCACAAAAUGGCACUUCUCCAGAUGUCAACUGUGGAGGAAGCAAUUCAAGCCUUGAUUGACCUUCAUAAUUACAAUCUUGGAGAUAAUCACCAUCUGAGAGUUUCAUUCUCAAAAUCUACCAUUUAAGCUUUUCCUCCCUUUUUUAUUUUUCCUUUUUAAACGCUGUUUAGCGUGGCAUUACUUGUUGACUGUUUCAGGACACUGGGACCACAGUUUGGCAUAUAAUUUUGAAUUUAGUCAUUCCUAAUACAAUACAUUAUGGUAAAGUUGUAAAUGAAAAUAUGUUAGAGCCAUGAUUUGGGGCUUUUAUUUCAAUGUUUUCCCCUUUACCUAUACCAUUGGAAGUCAUUAACAAUUUUAUCACUUUGUAGAAAAAAAAAACAAAAAAAAAGAAGAUAAUUAAUUUCUUUAUGAUAAACGUACAAGUCGACAAGACGUGCCUUACCUGACAAAACAGUAUCAACACUUUUCCAUUAAUGUGUUUGUAUCAGUUUAUUUACAGUUUUACAGUUUGGAAUAUAGGCACAUUGGUUCUGGUAUUUAAAUGAGUGGCUGUGUGAAAAGGCUUUUGUUUCCUUUAAGUAACCGUACAGUUUCUAAAGUUGGUAAUGCCCUCAUAAAGGAUAUUCAUAGUUUUACCUAGUAUAAUGAAAACUAUUAAAGUAUUUUUGUUUACCAUGUCUUAUUUUGCUUUUUGGGAAAUGUUACAAAACAUUUUACCUUCAUAAAACUGCCAUCUUUUUCAUUUUUAGAUAUAACCUGCUUUAUCCUAUAACCAAAGAUAAAGCUUUAACCCUAGUUAUCAUUUGUGAUUAUUGUUACCUUUGUUUGCACAACCACUGCUAAAGAACUGGUAUUAUUUGAGUAAAUAUUCUUUGUAGCUGUUCUUUGUCAUUGCAUAUGUGCAUUUAUUUAUAUUGCCAUCUUUCAUUUGUACCUUGAGGAUUUAAAUGGCUGUGGACUUUCUAAGCAUGUACUGACUGGUAUACUUAGUUUUGGAAAGACUGCUGUUGCAUGCAUUUUAAAAAGCUAGCAGAAGUGAGCUGCACAGUGAACAGCAGCACAGUAAUAGUAUGGCAGUUUUCUAAAACUGACAACCUGGUGGGACCAAAGUUUAUGUGCCUUUAGUCUUAAUUUACCUUGCAUUGUAAUAAUUAAGUUUUGUUAAACCUGGAAUAUUUUAUAUUUCAAAAAAACAGACUUUUUAACUAAUGGUUCAGAAUCUACCAGUUAGUUUAAAGGCCAUUCAUGUGUAAGCUCAAUUGUUACAGUGUACAUUGUUUGAAAGGACCCACCCCACCCCCUUCCAUUGAUGUAUUUAGGUUAAAACUGAUAGAUUCUGUGGUCUGUUACAGAAAAUCAUGUAUAUUUUCUAUAUUAGUUGAGUUUUUACAUCUUCAGAAAUGUAAAAUUAAGUCUAGUUUGGAAGCGGCACAAUUAAAAAUUAAUUUUCUAACAAGUUGGAAGGUUUGAUGGUUGUGUUAAUUUCACGUUGUGUGUACUCUGCUUACCUCUGUAGCAUGCUCAAUAAACACUUCUGUAGCUCUA